AUAAAUAAACCACCAUAUAGGAAGAGGAAGAGGAGGGAAGUGGGUCCCUCAGAAACCGUUACCUCCUUUCCUCCAUGGUUCCCUCUUUCUUUCAUUACAAACAUUUCUCCGACAGCCCCACACAAACAUAAAUUCUUAACAUCUCAUUCAUCAUAUCAUAUCAUCUUUUUUUUUUUUUAAAGUAUUUUCUUUUGAUGGGUACCAUCAUUUCAUUUCUCAUUUUCCACACCUUAACAUAAACAUUUCCCCUCCUUAAAAUUUGAGAUCAUCAACCUUCAAUGUUUUGUGACAAUUCUUGUCAUCAAAUUGUGAUGCUGUAUUUUCCCAUUUUAGGCCCAGAUUGAUCACCUUCAAAUUUUGCUAUAUGCAGGCUGGUGGUUGAAUUUGACGGAUGCCCUUUUGAGAUUUUGGCCUUUCUUUCCCUUGUUCACGUUCAAAAUUGGAUUUUUAUGUGGAAGGGAAAGAGGGCAUAAUUCCAAGCCUUAAACUUUUGUAAUGCCCUUCAUUUAUUUGGUUUUUUUUUGUUAGUAUUGGAAUUAUAAAAAAUGAGUAAGGUUUCUGGUGUUAUUUCCCGCCAAGUUUUGCCUGCUUGUGGCUCUCUUUGUUUCUUCUGCCCUUCCCUCAGGGCAAGGUCAAGACAACCUGUCAAGAGGUAUAAGAAGCUCAUUGCUGUCAUUUUCCCUCGUAACAAGGAGGAAGGGCCAAAUGAUAGAAACAUUGGAAAAUUAUGUGAUUAUGCUGCCAGAAAUCCUUUACGCAUCCCAAAGAUUGUGCAAGCCCUUGAGCAAAGGUGUUACAAGGAGCUACGAAACGAGAAUUUCCAUUCAACCAAAAUAGUCAUGUGCAUUUACAAGAAAUUUAUGUUUUCUUGUAAAGAGCAAAUGCCACUAUUUGCGAGUAGCUUGCUAAGUAUUAUUCACACCCUGCUGGAUCAAUCACGGCUGGAUGAAAUGAGAAUUAUAGGAUGUCAAAUUCUGUUUGAUUUUGUAAAUAAUCAGAUUGAUGGAAGUUACCUGUUCAACUUAGAAGGUAUUAUCCCAAAGCUCUGUCAAUUAGCUCAAGAAACAGGAGAAGAUGAAAGUGCAAGAAAUAGUCGUUCAGCUGGUUUGAAAGCUCUUUCAGCAAUGGUUCGGUUUAUGGGUGAACAAUCUCACAUAUCAGUCGAAUUUGAUAAUAUUGUUUCUGCUGUCUUGGAAAACUAUGAAGUUCCUAAGAAAAAUUCAGCAAACCUGGAUCAUGAGGAACAAGAUGGGAUGGCCAAUGAGGGUCAAAUCUCUCCUUUGCUGGAUGUCAAAAGGAGAAACCCUUCCUGGAGAAAAGUUGUUAACGAUAAAGGCGAAAUAAAUGUAGCAAUGGAAGAUGACAUGAAUCCCUCUUUUUGGUCUGGAGUUUGCCUACAUAAUAUGGCCAAUUUAGCCAAGGAGGGGACUACCAUACGUCGUGUAAUGGAAUCUUUAUUCCGGUACUUUGAUAAUGGAAACUUAUGGUCUAUAAACCAUGGCCUUGCCUUUUCUGUUUUAAAGGAUAUGCUAUUUUUGAUGGAUGACUCUGAGAAAAGCACACAUGUUUUGCUGUCGACGUUAAUUAAGCAUCUGGAUCAUAAAAUUGUCCUUAAAGAACCUCAAAUGCAGCUUGACAUUGUUGAGGUUGCCACUUCACUUGCCCCAUAUGCAAAAGUCCAACCUUCUGUAUCAAUAGUUGGUGCAGUAAGUGACAUGAUGAGACAUUUGCGGAAGUGCAUACACUGUUCCUUGGAUGACUCAAAUCUGGCCCCUGAUGUAAUCAAUUGGAACAAGAAUUUCAAAAAAGUUGUGGAUAGGUGCCUUGUACAGUUGUCAAAUAAGGUUGGAGAAGCAGAUCCCAUUCUUGAUGUUAUGGCCGUGAUGCUAGAGAACAUCUCAACUAUCACAACAAUAUCUAGAACCACAGUCUAUGCUGUUCAUCGGACCGCUCAAAUUGUAGCCUCCUUACCAAAUGUGUCCUAUCAGAAUAAGGCAUUCCCUGAGACCUUGUUUCAUCAACUACUCCUGGCUAUGGUCCAUCCAGAUCACGAAACACGAGUGGUAUCUCACCACAUCUUUUCCAGUAUUCUUGUGCCAACAUCUGUUUUCCCUCAUCCAAGCUUGUCUGCUUCUGACCCCAAGGCAUCAAAUGUUCCACGAACUCUCUCUCGAGCUGUCUCUGUUUUCUCAUCUUCAGCUGUCUUAUUUGAGAAGCUAAGACUGGAGAAACGUUCUUCAAGUGAAAAAUUAAUUCAACACAACAAAGGCAAUAUUUCUGGAGAGAUUGAACCAGUUAGUAGCAAUGUUGGGAUUGUAAACAGAUUAAAGUCAACCUAUGGUCGGUUGCCUAGUGUGAAUAACCCUCCUCUACAAUUGGAACUGGAUGAAAUUGCUGCAAACAAAGAUAAUCGGAACUCGGAGGCUGCUGCUCUCAGGCUGACUAAGCUUCAGAUAAAUCGAUUGCUCUCGUCAAUUUGGGCACAGUCUUUAUCUCCUGGAAAUAUGCCUGCAAAUUAUGAAGCAAUUGCCUAUUCAUACACUUUGGUGUUGCUUGUUUCUAGAGAAAAGAAUUCUUUUUAUGAGGUACUAGUUCGGAGUUUUCAGCUUGCUUUUUCUUUAUGGAAUAUUUCCCUUAAAGAAGGGCCAUUGCCACCAUCUCGUCGGAGAUCACUCUUUACGCUGGCAACGUCAAUGAUUGUGUUUUCUUCAAAAGAAUACAACAUUGACCAUCUUGUCCAGAGUGCCAAGGCAGUGCUUACGGAGAAGGUUGAUCCCUACCUUCAGUUAAUUGAAGAUCACAAGUUGCAAGCUGUCAGCUUUGCUCCUGAUAAUCUAAGCAUCAACUAUGGAUCCAAAGAAGACGAUGAUAGGGCCUUAGACAUGCUUUCAGAUUUAUUGACUUAUAUACACAAAACACGGGACCUCUUUGCUUCUGAAAUCAUUAAGAGCUUGGAAAUGUUUGCAAAAGCGGAAUUAUCAUCAAUAAAGGAACAACUGCUAGAAGAAUUCGCACCAGAUGCUAUGUGUGAACUUGGAUCUCAAUUGACCAUGAACAUGGCUGCAAAGGAUGCUUCAAUAGUUUCAAAUAUUGAUGACGACUUCAUUUUUGAACCAUUUGAAAGUCAAAUUAAACAUAGUCGGAGUUUCUCCACAGAGGUCCCUGGUCUUCUGACUGCUAAUCAACUUUUAGAAUUAGCUUUGGACACAUCUCAUCCAGCUGGGAGGAUUUCUGUAUCAAAUGCAUUUAAUAUGCCAUACAAGGAUAUGGCUGAUAAGUGUGAGGUACUUCUGCUGGAAAAGCAAAAGAUGUCCAGAUUGAUGAGUACCCAACAGAAGCAAGAAUGUUCAGUGGACUCCCUUUCACCAAAUCAUGGCAAUGAAUUGAAAAAUAUGGAUUCCUCUUCGCAUGUGGAUUUUCAAAAGGUGCAGGUGGGGAAUCCUCCCUUCGACGAGAAUGCUGCUUUUGAUUUCCACGGACCAACUUUUAGCCCUCUUCCAAUGGUGUCUGGAACUGAAUAUCAGAAUCAGCCUCACCCUUUCAAACUUCCAGCAGCAAGCCCCUAUGAUAACUUUAUGAAAGCUGCUGGUUGUUGAUCCUGUAGUUAUACUGAAUUACAUACUAUACAAGGUAAUUGAAAAAUCAUAAUGAAAUGACUAGAGGAUCACAGGGGAAGGCUUCUAAGCAUUGUAACUUCACUAGUGCACAAGGCCAAGAUAUAUAUAUAUAUAUAUGUGUGUGGAAAUAUUAGUGUUGUUGUUUUGAUCAUAUGAUAUGUUAAAUUUUGGUAUUCGAUUCUAUAUAAUUUUCUUCACCUAGCUGGUAUGUGAAGGCAGGGAAAGGCUUCAUACUAUGUUCCUUGUAAAAUGUAAAGUAUAACUUAUUUUGGCAAUGUUAUAAUUUUUUUAAAAGGAA